AUGACUCUGUUAGGUUCACUGCUCCAAUUUCGUCUCGUUUUUAUAAUUAAAACUAAAGACAAUUUACGGAAAUAUGCUGCUUAUCAUCUUUUGGCUCAUGCUGCAUUCAUGCAAGGAGUCAACUGCUUAUCUCAACUCGCAAUGAUAUGCAUCACUUUUUUCCGUUCUGAUGCGAAUUACACUCUCAACAAAUUCUUCGGAGCUGUGUUUCAUGGCUCUUGGACUGGAGAAUAUCCUACAAUUCUCAUGCUAUCCAUCAACCGACUGAUUGCUAUUAAUUGGCCAUACUAUCUUCAUUUCAUGUUUGAUGGACGCCCUUUCCAGAUUUUCUUACAAUUUUGUAUAGUUUAUGCUCUUACAAAUUUUGUGGUUUGUUUAACACCUGCCAUUUCAUCAUUAUGGGAUCCACAGUUAGCGACGUUUUAUUUUGAAGGUGACACAGUCAUCAGCUCGAUUAUCGUGUUCAUCGACUCCAAAAUCGUUGUUUGGAUUGUUCUACUGUCGUCGUUACUCUACAUCAUUACUUUCAUUGGUUUAGUUUACAAAAUUCAAUCAAGUGGAUUAAGCUCUGUUCGCGCUGAGCUACCUCUGCUACUAAAUUUUUUUGGGUUGUUUCUCGCCACAGGUAUCACUCUGUAUCUAUGGCAUCAUCCACCGUCUGACAGCCUUCUUUACUUCAACUUUUUCAAUAUAUUUGUGAUUUUUCGAUUUGCCUUUGUGAAUAUUAUCCUUUUAAUGUACAACAGGACGAUACGGCGACACUUCUUCUUCGCAUCGUCAAAGCGUAUCCACGAUUCAACAGCGAUCUCUAAGUUUUGA